GCCCGGGUGGAAGGAGGGCGGGCCGGCGCCGGGCGCGGGGGACACGGGACGCAGGUACCGCGGGCUGCCGUGCCAGCCACCUCCCGGGCCGAAGCGCGGCGGCCGGCGGCGUUCAGGAGGCAUCCGGCGGCGGAGGGCUCGGCGCAGCCAUCGGCGGGCCCGCGCCCCCGCGGCAGGGACGGGGCGCCGCGGGGCCGGGGCGCGGCCGCCCGGGAGCAGCGGAGCCGCGGGGAGCGGAGCGGAGCGGAGCGCGGGGCUCGGCGCUGCCCGGCCGGCCGAGCAUGCACUGAGCGAGCGGCCCCGGGCUCGGAGCCGCCCCGCUGCAUGCUGUGGGGAGACACGGUCGCGAUAAUAAAUGAUAGAGGAUACAAUGACUUUGCUGUCUCUGCUGGGUCGGAUCAUGCGUUACUUCUUGCUCAGACCGGAGACCCUGUUCUUGCUGUGCAUCAGCCUGGCCCUGUGGAGUUAUUUCUUCCACACGGAUGAGGUGAAAACCAUUGUUAAGUCCAGCAGGGAUGCGGUGAAGAUGGUGAAGGGCAAGGUGGCCGAGAUCAUGCAGAAUGACAGGCUCGGGGGUUUAGACGUGCUGGACGCUGAGUUCUCCAAGACCUGGGAGUUCAAGAGCCACAACGUGGCUGUCUACUCCAUCCAAGGCCGGAGGGAUCACAUGGAGGACAGGUUCGAAGUAAUCACUGACCUGGUGAACAAGACUCACCCCUCCAUCUUCGGGAUAUUUGAUGGGCACGGAGGAGAGGCAACAGCAGAGUACGUGAAGUCGCGGCUGCCCGAAGUGCUGAAGCAGCACCUGCAGGAUUACGAGAAGGACAAGGAGAACAGCGUCCUGUCCUACCAGAGCAUCCUGGAGCAGCAGAUCCUGUCCAUCGACAAGGAGAUGCUGGAGAAGCUGACCGUGUCCUACGACGAGGCAGGCACCACGUGUCUGAUCGCCCUCCUGUCCGACAAGGAGCUGACCGUGGCCAACGUGGGCGACUCCCGCGGCGUCCUCUGCGACAAGGACGGCAACGCCAUCCCCCUGUCCCACGACCACAAACCCUACCAGCUGAAGGAGAGGAAGAGGAUCAAGAGAGCUGGUGGGUUCAUCAGCUUCAAUGGCUCGUGGCGCGUGCAGGGCAUCCUGGCCAUGUCGCGCUCGCUGGGCGAUUACCCCCUGAAGAACCUGAACGUGGUGAUCCCCGACCCCGACAUCCUGAGCUUUGACCUGGACAAACUGCAGCCAGAGUUCAUGAUCCUGGCCUCGGACGGGCUGUGGGACGCCUUCAGCAACGAGGAGGCCGUGCGGUUCAUCAAGGAGCGCCUGGACGAGCCGCACUUCGGGGCCAAGAGCAUCGUGCUGCAGUCCUUCUACAGAGGCUGCCCCGACAACAUCACCGUCAUGGUGGUGAAGUUCAGGAAUAGCAGCAAAGCAGAGGAGCAGCAGUGAAGGAGCCCCCGGGCCCGCUCAGGACUCAGGACAUUUUCUCCGCCGUAGGAAGCUCUAGAAACGCCGUCCGGGCUCUCCCGGGAGGAGCGGAUCCCUCUGGGCUCCGCUCCUGGCUUGGCAGAAGGAGCAAUACAACAAAUCCAAGAAUCUGGUUUGUCCCCGUGUCCCUGCCUCCUGUGCCCUCGCUGCUCCUCAGGCCCCCACUGGAACCUGCCAUUUCUCACUUUUCUUUACCAGCCCUGUGGAGGUUUUUGGUUUGAUCGCUCCCCUCCCGUGGGCACAGGGCAGGGCAGUGCUGCUGCUUUUCCCUCCUGGGUGUCACUGCUCAGAAGCUGCUCUCACGUCCCCCGUGACCUGCAGGGAUAAGGGUGGGUAGGAGGAGGGUUUGUGAUGUGAAGGAGGAAGAGGAGCCACCUCUCAGCCUGCUGCCACUGCUGGCUUUCGCUUAGUUUAACCCCUGCCCAAAACAAACCCCUGCCAAGCAUGUCAGUAGGUAGAGCUCCUGAAUUACCACCUUGAUUCAGGCUGUGCAUUACUCUAAACCAGUUCUUCUAGGCCAUAUUGUAUCCAAACCAACUAAUGGUGAACUUCAGCAAAAUCCUGGGAGUUCUGAACCUCCUGGAUGGGAGCAGAGCUCAGCUGGGAUAGCAGAAUGUCUGUCCUUCACCGAGAAUCACCCUGACCUUAUUUCCGUGGCAUGGACUUGGAAGGUGAUGUGAGAGAGAACGAAUUUCUUCGGUGGCUGUUGGGAAGCUCAUCCAAGCAGGGAGUUCCUCAGAGCUUCCUGGCUGGAAGUCAAAGCCUGUGCAAGACUUCCCUGUACCACUGCAGGUGGAUUUGUGGUGUUCAUCCCCGGGCAGACCCCGCUGGAAGCGGCUUUUGGGAUGACAUGAGAACGCCAGGCAGCAUCAAUGCACUGUAGAGAUGAAAGGUUGUGUUAAAUCUAGAUUUUAAAAGUAUGUUUAGAUCUAACUUUCAGUAUUUAAUUGUAUUUUGGGAUCUGUGACUGCUUUACGUGGGAAUGAGGACAGUUUGGGUUUGCUGCACCUACCAGGGCAGGCAGGAUUUUGGAUGGCUCCUUUCUCCUUAUCCUGCCUUUCAAAAGUCCUCGGGAUCUGCCCCAGAACGUGGUCCUGGACAAUCUGCUCAAGUCUCCAGGGUGAUGCCUGUGUUUGGGUCUGGGAUGUGGUGGAUGAGCUGUUCCUUGGGAAGGUACAAUAUUCCUCAUUUCCCAGCUGCCUGCCCCCAGUGCUCUCCUGCAGGGCUUUGGGGUGAGGCUGAGCUGGGCAGGUGCUGAGGGGGUCGGGAUCUCUCAAGGCAAAAAUCAAAGAGCACAAAUUUCUGCUCGAGAAGGAAUCCCCAUCUUUGUCUUUCCAGCUUUGUCCCCCAACAAAUUUGCCUCCUUUAAUUGGUUUGGGGAUAAUCUCAGCCCUUAAUUGGCUCUGGUGGCAUUUCCAGUGCUGUGCAAAACAUGUCUGGACCCCUGUGUCACCCUGACCUCCAAGAAGAGCCCCUGAGAAGUGUCCAGCAGCCUGCACUGCUCCUUUCCCAGAGGAUGGGAGGUUCCUGAUGUUUUUAAUCCCCUGCACAGGGCACUCCGAGGAUCUGAAUUAUGGGAAUAAUUGCAGAGAGCUCCAGUUGUUCCGCUGUGGAGAGGUAGCCGAGGUCAGAGAGCUGGGAAAUGCAAGCCUUGGGUGAUGAUUCCAUGGGAAUGCUGGAUCCUGGGCUGGGAAUGGCACAGCAGGAGCGGUGGAGCAGCUGCAGGCAGAGCUCAGCGUGUGGAGUUUGCCUUUGCUGUCUCCUUCACUGGAGACCUUCCCGUUGUGCCUUUCCUUUGGAGGGCACAGCUGCCCUGGGAAAAGGGGAAAAAAAGGAAUUCCAUCCAGCAGCUCUAAAGGAGAGGGAUGUCUGUGUCCAGAGACAUCCCCACUAACCCAUCACAGGCACUGGAGAAGGUGGAAUGACGGUCAUUCCCAGACAAACAGCUCAACAGCACUGGCCUGGGAGCUCUUCGCUGCACGGAGCAUCCCAAGGUCAGUGAGCAUUCCUGAGGGAUCCGUGACCUCUGGAGCACAGCUGGCUGGCUGCCCCUGCAGCCCUGGGACAGCCAGGAAAAGGAGCUGGCAGGAAUUCCCAGCCAGGAGGGAGCACUGGGAGAGCAGCUGCCGCUGGAAGCGAGCCACGCUCCGGGAUGCAGGCAGGCGCAGCAGGGCGGUGCCGCUUCGCAGGUUUGCCUGCAUCAUUCCAGGAUCAUUCCCUGGCCCUGCAGCCCCUCCAGGCAGCUCCAGAUCAGCCCUGUGGCAACCUCCUGGUGGCUGCAGCUGCAGCAAGCACCGGUCCAGCACCUCCAGUCCCCUGUGCCCCCUCCCUGGCAGCGCUGGCCUGGCCAAAGCCAUCCCUGCCAAUGAUCUCUGCUCAGCCCGGGGAUUUUUGCUUUGAUUGCUUUAAAAAAGGAGCUUCAGCUGCUUCAGGUUUGAAGAGGAAGGACUGAUGGAGGUGAGAGGCUUUGUGUGGUCUCCCACAUCCAGGUGCAGUGCCUACCUGUGCUCCCAGCUGGAAAGUUUGGAAGUUUUUCCUCCAAAUCAAGGCAUUUCCAACUUCCCGGCCGUGCCAAACUCCGUCGUGACGCAGCUGGAGGCUGGCGAGAUGAACUCCUUGUACAUCCUGCUUAUGCAACCUGACCAACCCAGGGUUCUCCCACUGCCUUAACGCUCCAUCCUCCAUCUGGGAAGGGUUGCCAGGUGCUGGAGCCAGGAAUAUCCCGCUGGCUGUGGCACAAGGGCUGUGGCCAUCCCGGGAAGUUUGGUGGUUUGAUGAUCCGGAGCCUCGGUGCCCAGCGCUGACCCACGGAGUCGCUGCCAAAGAGCAUCUUCCCCAUGGCCCAGGAAGCCAAAAAUGCACCUGGAGCCACUGAGCUGAGCCAGCUCUGGCUGUUCCCAGGGAUAUCCCAGCUCCCAGGUGGCUCCCGUGGGAUAUUCCGGCUCUCUCAGCCUGGAGCACGGAUUGCCACGGAGCUCACCCUGAAUUCCUGGCAGGAAUGUGGCUGUCCCAGCCUGUCCCAGGAGCUGGGCACACCUCAUUUGGUGGCACCGUGGCUCCUUCUACCGGCUGAGCCUGCCCUGACAUUCCCACAAAUCCCCCGGAUAAAGGAUUUAAACUCCCGCUGCUGCUGCUGUUGUUGCAGGGUUAAAGCAUUUCCAGAGGUGAAAUGAAAAAUAUUGUGAAGAUUUGGGAAUCCAGAAGUCAGAAUGAAAGCGCUGUGUCAGCUUGGCUGCAGAAACACCAAUGCCUAAAAAAAAGGGAAUUUUGUGUCUCAGGAUACAGGACAGCCCUGCUUUAAAUAAUAUGGAAUUAUUGCUAAUGUAGCUGAUACUUGUUUUACACAGAGAAGCAUUUAGUCAGUGAUUAUACUACAAAAAUAAAACACCUCACCAGCUUUUCAUCUCCCAAAGUAGGAUUUUAGGCCUCUGUACAAAAUUCCAAGUGAGAAUGUUCUGCUGGAAUUUGGCCACUCUGGGCAGAGCCCAGAGCUGCUGCCCCUUGUGCCCGAUAUAUUCAUAAAUGGCCUUUCCAAAACUCCCAGAGAAAAAGGUCUGGACAGUUCCUAAUGAGCUGAAAUUUCAUUACUUUUAUUUUUCCAGUGCUGACUUGGACAAGGCUUAGGGGAGCAGGUGGAGAAAUACGGAUUUUCCUGAGGUAACUUAAAAUUCCAGGGAUCAGCUGUGUCCAGCUCCGAAGGAUAAUCUGGGUGCUCUGGAAAACAAAACCCAGUGGGUGCAGCUGGAGCCUUUCCAGAACCACAAACACAGGUUUGAGGGCAAUUUUUGAGGGGAAAAAUGUGUGGAUUUCAUGGAUUUGGGCAGCUCCUGUGUCUGCUCUGCAAUCAGGUGGUUUUUAAGGUCCCUUCCAAUCCAAAUUCUGGGAAUUAUCUGAGCAAUAGGGGACUAAAGCACUUUUUUUCCAAGCAUAUUCCUGCAUUUUUGGAAGCCUGGACAUAGGCAGCCUCUCCAUUUUCUGGCCUGCUCUGACAGCAGUCAUCCCUAAAUGUGAGGUAAAAUUUAGGGAAAUAUCCCAGACAUCCUAUUAUACUGACCACAGGGAAUGCUGCCCCUCCAUCUCCUGUAGGAUUUAUUGGGAAUUUGUUUGUUCCAGGAUGAACAGGAAGCAUUGCAGCAUUUCAGCUCCUCUGAAAUAACAUCCAGACUGGGAAUUUCAUCUUGGAAUCCACUUUGCUCCCCACCCAGCAGCAACUUCCAAACACCUUUGCCCAAUGAAUUAUUACAAUAAUUAUUAUUGUUAUUAUUAUUGUUAUUAUUACUAUUAUUAGGCUUUUCAGGUCAGGAAACCCCACAGUUUUUCUAUCAAAAUCACAAAUAUUUGGAAUUCUGAUUUAAUACAGCUGCAUGAGGAAAAAAUAACCCCUUAGGAUUUGGAAAACUUUCAGCCUGUGUUUUAUACUUUUAGUACAGUGUUCUAGGCAGAUGCAAUAAAAUGCAACCCCCCCACACACUUUAAUUCCCAAAUUAUUUCAUAUUUUUAAGGUUUUUCACCUUUUGCCAGGCUGCUCACACUAAAAACUUCCCUAAGAAUGGCUUUGAGCAGAAACAGGAGCUCAGUUGGGAAUUUUACAGGCUUUUAAGCAAUAAUAAAGUCAGAAUCAAAUACAAGCCAGGUUUGGAAAUGAGGUGGUUUUUUUUUUUUCAGGAAAUCCAGGAGCAGGAUGGGUGUUUUUCCAAUGCUGCUGGCACUGUAAAUGACAAUGAAUUUCAGGUGGCACAAAGAGAUCACUGUGUAUAAACCUAAGCCUUGGAACCUGUGAGCAGUGUCAGCCUUUGGGGCACAAAAACCCCAAAUUCCUGCAGGUGACAGGAGAAUUUCUGGCCAUCCUCACCUCCCCAGGACUCUCCGUCCUCCCUCAGCACGAGCACUCUCUGCUUUAUCCAUUUUCUGAAGGCAGAAGAGUCACAAUGACAUUUCUUUUUUUGAGAAAGCAAUACAAGCUGUGCUGUAGUAUCAGUGUUCUUGUGGUGAAUAAUUUAUUUCUCAUCAUUUCACACGGCAGGCUUAGAGGAAAACGGAGGGGUUUGGGGUUUAAGAUGUGUAAACAAUCACAGAACAAGGCAGUUCUCCCAGCACCUGCUCAGAGAACGAUCAAAUCCCAGCUCCUAAACCCACGGCACAGCUGGAAUUUCACCCGGAUCUCGGAAUACAAGAGCAUCGAUUCCCUCAAUUAUGCAAUACCGUAUUUCCCCCACCCCUAAGAAAACAAAAAGCCUUCAUUUUUUAAAAUCUUCUCCCCAUCAGAACACCAACAUUUGAAACCCUUGUCUGGAGAGUGUUGUCCCCAAGACCUUUUGAUCCCUAAAGAACACAAGCCCAUCCUCAAAUCGCACGCCCAGGCCAGGUGUGGAGCGGAGCGAAACCGGCGCUGCCCGCGGAGCCCGGGGUGCUGGGGGCACAGGGGAGCCUCAGCCGAGCUCCUGGGCUCUGUCCCUGUCCCUGGGCUCUGUCCCUGUCCCUGGGCUCUGUCCCAGCCCCUGGGCUCUGUCCCCAAGCCACCACGGGGCCCUGGGGUUGUGCCAGCCCAACGGGAGCGCGGCCAGGACGUCUCCGCAGUCCCUCCCCCGUGUCGUGGAUGUGUCCAGGUUAAUUAUGUUCAUGCAAUUGCAAAUUCUGUAUCGUUGUCCAUUAGAAGUGUAAACUACUGAAAACUGGGCCUUGCUGAUAUGAAUAAAGUGAUUAAAAACCGGUCUUUACACA